CCGGAGGCCGGGCCCGAGGGAGGAGCCCAGGCGCCUUGGUCCUGCUCGCGGGCCGCCGGGGGCUGUGGCUGCCUUGGGUCUGGAUGUUGCCUUCCUCCAGAUGUUUCUGCUCCCCUGACUUCGCCCUGCCUGGGGACCGGGACAAGCCCUGUUCAUGGCCUGUACUUGUCUGCGCUGUACUGAUAGUCACUUCUGCACUGGUAGCACUUUAAAGCAGACAGAGGAAACGAAAGAGAGAAAAAAAUACUUGGGAAAAAUUACACCUGCCAGUAUUAGCAAGAGCAUAACUUAAGAAAUUUGUCGAACUCAGCAAACUGAAGCUUAACACCACAAGAAUUGUAGUUACUGACCAGAAAUAUGGACAGACUUCUUAGACUUGGAGGAGGUAUGCCUGGACUGGGCCAGGGGCCACCUACAGAUGCUCCUGCUGUGGACACAGCAGAACAAGUCUAUAUUUCUUCCCUGGCACUGUUGAAAAUGUUAAAACAUGGUCGUGCUGGAGUUCCAAUGGAAGUUAUGGGUCUAAUGCUUGGAGAAUUUGUUGAUGAUUAUACCGUCCGAGUGAUUGAUGUGUUUGCUAUGCCACAGUCAGGAACAGGUGUCAGUGUGGAGGCAGUUGAUCCAGUGUUCCAAGCUAAAAUGUUAGAUAUGUUGAAGCAGACAGGAAGGCCUGAGAUGGUUGUUGGUUGGUAUCACAGUCACCCUGGCUUUGGUUGUUGGCUUUCUGGUGUGGAUAUCAACACUCAGCAGAGCUUCGAAGCCUUGUCGGAGAGAGCUGUGGCCGUGGUGGUGGAUCCUAUUCAGAGUGUAAAAGGAAAGGUUGUUAUUGAUGCCUUCAGAUUGAUCAAUGCUAAUAUGAUGGUCUUAGGACAUGAACCGAGACAAACAACCUCAAAUCUGGGUCACUUAAACAAGCCAUCUAUCCAGGCAUUAAUUCAUGGACUAAACAGACAUUAUUAUUCCAUUACUAUUAAUUAUCGGAAAAAUGAACUGGAACAGAAGAUGUUGCUAAAUUUGCAUAAGAAGAGUUGGAUGGAAGGUUUGACACUUCAGGACUACAGUGAACACUGUAAAAACAAUGAAUCAGUGGUAAAAGAGAUGUUGGAAUUAGCCAAGAAUUACAAUAAGGCUGUAGAAGAAGAAGAUAAGAUGACACCUGAACAGCUGGCAAUAAAGAAUGUUGGCAAGCAGGACCCCAAACGUCAUUUGGAGGAACAUGUGGAUGUACUUAUGACUUCAAAUAUUGUCCAGUGUUUAGCAGCUAUGUUGGAUACUGUCGUAUUUAAAUAAAGCAAUGCAAAAAGCUAUUAGUGAUACUUUCAGUGUAUAUUCCUCUAUUGUUCCUAAUGCUCAAAAUCAAGGGACCUCGAAAGGUGUAUUUGGUUAAACGUAAGACAUCUGGCAUCAUUUACAGCACUAACACCUUCAGUCUCAGUUGUGCAAUUACUUCUGUUUCUUUAGUCAGGGUCUUUGCAGAUUCCAAAGUUGUAUAAGAAUACAUUCAAGUGGACAAAUUUUGUUAAGAUCCCAUUUAAUAUUUGAAGAAAUCAGUGACACAAAUAUAUUUUGAUUGUUGCUUACAAAAUAAAAUACAUUUACAAUCUCUG